GUAAUUUAACUGUUUACUUGUUAUGCAGUGCAAAUAUCAAAAGAAGUUUUGAGUAUCUACCUACUUAAUUUACAUUCAAUUAAUAUGUCAAAGUUGGAAUUAUUACAAACUCUAAAUGGCCACAAAGGAAUUGUGUGGAAUGUCUCAUGGCAUCCAUUAGGCAAUAUAUUUGCAUCUUGUGGAGAAGAUAAAACAAUAAAAUUGUGGAGUAAAGAAGGGCAAGACUGGACUAUAAAAACUGUACUAGUUGAUGGCCACCAACGAACUAUCAGAGAGGUAGCAUGGUCUCCAUGUGGAAAUUUCCUUGCUUCAGCCAGUUUUGAUGCUACUACAGCUAUCUGGGAUAAGAAAAGUGGUCAAUUUGAAUGCAAUGCAACUUUAGAAGGUCAUGAAAAUGAAGUGAAGAGUGUUGCAUGGUCACCAUCAGGGCAACUGCUUGCUACUUGUGGUCGAGAUAAAUCAGUUUGGGUUUGGGAAGUUACUGGAGAUGAUGAAUACGAAUGUGAAGCAGUUCUCAAUGCACAUAAUCAGGAUGUCAAGAAAGUGGUAUGGCAUCCAACUAUGGAUUUGUUGGCCUCAGCGUCUUAUGACAACUCUGUUAAAUUAUAUAAAGAGGAUAAAGUGGACAGUGAUUGGUCUUGUGUUGCUACAUUGCAAUCGCAUGAAUCAACAGUUUGGAGUUUAGCUUUUGACAAAACAGGAGAAAGACUAGCUACUUGUAGUGAUGACAAAACUGUGAAAAUAUGGAAAGAGUACAAAGUAGACAAUCAAGAAGGAGUUAUUGUGACAGAAAGAGAAUCGACAUGGAAAUGUGUUUGCACAUUGUCAGGAUAUCAUACAAGGUGUAUAUAUGAUAUAUCUUGGUGUCACCAAACAGGGUUGAUUGCUACAGCUUGUGGUGAUGAUAUUAUAAGAAUAUUCCGAGAAGCGGAAGAUUCUGACCCAAAUGCACCUACUUUUGAACUGAUCUGCACUAAAUUAGAAGCACAUCCUCAAGAUGUGAACUGUGUUACUUGGAACCCUUCUGGGAAUAAGGAACUAAUUUCUUCUAGUGAUAAUGGUGAAAUAAAAAUUUGGAAAUUUGAAGAAUGAGAAAUUUGUAUAUAUAACAAUUAAAUUGACUAACUAGUGAUUACAUUAAUAGGCUGAAAAAUAUAAAUAAAUAUACAAGUUGAUAAGAUUUAUGACUUUUUUUGAAUAUUCAA